AUGAGAAAAAGUUCAAUUGACAUAGCCUUUGGAGCUGUUAGAACGGCUAUGCUAGCAGUCACUUUUCUGGCAGCUUUUACAAUUAUGAGUAACGUGGAAGGGAGGAGAAGCAUAUCUGAAGAAGAAGAUUUAGAAUUUGAAAGGCAACUCAGAAUCAUAAACAAGCCUGCUAUCAAAACAAUUAAGAAUGAAUAUGGAGACGUCUACAAUUUUGUGGAUAUUUACAAGCAACCUGCCUUUGAUCAUCCUUUACUCAAAGAUCACAAAAUCCAGAUACCAGAAGGUUAUUGGUCAAGUACGAAAACUAAAGCAAGUAAGCCUUCAGUAUUUGGUAUGAAGGAAGGCUGCCCUCUAGGAACAGUGCCCAUCCGAAGGGUAACAAAAGAAGACCUAAUAAGAGCAAAAUCUGUCUCCAAAAAAUAUGUUGAAUUUUAUGGUCGAAAGGAUCUACAAAGCAGUUAUGAGGUAAACCCAUCUUUAUAUGGAGAUAGCAAAACUCGGCUAUUUACUUAUUGGACGAGGGAUAAUCAUCAAACAACAGGUUGCUUCAAUAUACGCUGCACGAGCUUUGUACAAAUUAAUAAAAAUGUACCGCUCGACUCUGUUUUCAUAACCAUAUCAAAGGUAGAUAAAGAGCAAUUCAAUAUGAGACUAGGAGUGUACCAGGAUGAGAAGAUAAAAGUUUGGUACUUGAUACUUGGUGAAAAAGGGGAAUUGAUUGGUUAUUGA